CCUUUCAAUUUUGUGAUUGCUUAAGACAAUUUUUAUGACAACAUUAAAUAGGAUAUCCAGAUAUGGCACGACUCAACACUUUCUACAGCUUUACAGUUCUGAAUGCUUAAAUGCAUGGUUGAGACUUCUUGAAGACUUUUUCAACAAAUUAACAAUGCAAAUCGCAGCUUCGUGCAUAAAACGAGAUGACACAAAGUAGUUUCUUUCAUUUUUAUUGCCACAGAAUGCAAACUGUUUUCUUUUCAUUAAAAGUUGGUGGGUAUAUUAGAAGGCAACGUUUGUAUAGAGAACCCUAAGAUAUAGAAUUCAGAAGGAUGGUAAAGAUUGGCUUUAUUGAAGAUAACAUUUUCCAUUGACCACUUUUUAAGACAUGGCGUUUCCUAAGCUUAGGGAGUUUAUGGGGGAGGUUAAGAAAUUCCUGGACACAGGAGUAAAACCUUUCCAAAUGUCGUCCAUCCUCCCACGCGGGGCUAAGAGGGAGCUAGACAGCGCAGUGCCAAUGCUUUCAGGCUUCAGACCCUCCAAGGUGUACUACAUGUUUGCUGUUCUGAGUUUCGCUGAUCUUGGGAGUUGGGAUGAAGUGAAAACACAUGGUCCUAAGGCUCUUGAGGAGUUUCGUGACUUCAUGGAGGAACUACCUACAGACGAACGGAAUACAGCACCCGUCUCGCUACCACCAAAAGAAACAAUCAUUACCCAGGACUAUCCACAGAAGAGUUCAGCUAGAUUUCGUACCUCAAAUGAAAACAUGCAAUACUACUCACCUAGACGUCCCGAACAAAAUACUCGAGCACCCUCUAUACCGUCUCAGAGACGGUCACACGAUGGUUGUGGUAGCAAUGGGAGCCAUCAUGUUUCCUCAAGACCUUCCCCAUCGAACCCCUCUCAGAGAAUGUCAUACGAGAACAGCAAACAGGGAUCUUAUGGACAAAUCCAAGAAAAUGGCCAGGAUAACGACGGACUGAAGAAUGACAUUGCGAACUCUAUCAGUAAACUCAGGCAAGAAAUAGGCAGUCUGAAAGAUAGACUUUCAGAAGAACUCAGUCAGCCAGACGUCGUUAAUACCCCGACAGCAAAUAUCCCUCCACUGAACACAAAAUCCCCUCGAAGCUCGCGAACUGAUGACGUCACAGACAAGUUAGCGGAAGCUUUUUCUGGUCUUCUUCACGACCAGUGGCUGGGCGCUCUGAAAGAAAGAAAUAAUGGCCAAGGUCAUUCGGAAAAGAACUUAAUUUAUUUGGCAGAUAUCACUAAGAAAUGUCAACAUUAUUUGGAUGAUGUUUGUGAAAGAGAAUUCACUCAUCUAUGUGAAAUUAUACUCAAACCCAUGGGUGAAAAGGAUUCACAGUAUGUCCAUAUAUCAGAGGAUUUAAGAGCCCUGGCUAGAACUAGAUGUAGACAGAUACAAAGAGACACGAUGCCAAUUUCACUUCCUGUCAUCAAAGAGGUUGUGAUUCGAGAUAAAAUCUCCGAGGCACAGAAAAACCCAGCAUUAAAGAGAUUCGUGGAUAGGUGUGUAGAACUGUUGUGGAUGUUCGCAAUUCAUGAUCCGCCCCUAGAGUUAGAAUGGGCCCGGGCGGGAGAUACGAUGGGCAGUCAUCUUCAGUCUUACUCUGACACGGGGAAUAGGGUGGGUUUUAAUGUAUGGCCGACAUUACGGCAGUUUAGAAAUGGACCUGUAUUGUGUAAAGGCGUUGUUCAAAUGGUGUAUUAAUGAUUUGUUUUCUCUUAUACUCUCUUACUUUAAUUCAUGUUAUAGUUUUAUAAUUUAAUAAAAUAUUAGAUUCUGCAUGAC